GGAAAAGAUGUCUUCGUGACCGACCACCUCGCAGCUGAUUUACUUUGGUGUCACUGAGUAUUUAACAAACAAGAUGAAGGUACAUGAUACUAAGAUAAAUUAUGUAAGUAAUCCCAAGACUGCCUUUACUGGGACAAUUUCAGUAGAAAUAACUCCUUCCAGAUAUAUCAAAGGUUUAAUUAAAAACUUUGAAACAUCUCCUGGAGUUAUCGUGGUCAUGCUUAUUUACAUCGAGAGGCUUCUUGAGAAGAUGGAGUUUCAGUACAGACAAGUGGGAGGAUUAGGCCCUAUUCUAUUUACUUCUUUCAAUGCUCACAGAAUUAUCUUAACUUCUUUCUUGGUGGCCCAGAAAUAUAGUGAGGAUAAGAACUAUAAACUUGCUUCAAUUGCGAGGAUCGGUGGAAUCGAAAAGGACGAGCUAAUCUUUCUUGAAAAUGAGUUUGUAGACUUUAUGGAUUUCAACCUGCAUAUUCAUGAAGAGGAAUUCAACAAAUAUGUUGAGUCUGUUAUCCUAUUCAGUCGACAUCUCUGAUCCAACUCUUGGACAUAGCUAGUUUUAAAAAGUCUAAUGACAUGAAAAAUUAACCACUCAUAUUUCAUAACUCUCCCAAGAGGAAGUAAGGAAGAUGUAAGUGGGUCUCCUCAACAGGACUAGAUAGGCACCCUCUGAAGAAAGCAAUAAACAUAAAUAGACUUUUGCUAAAGGUCUAUGAUCAUUAUUGAUGAUCCUGAUUGGGCAAGAACCUGAUGAAAUCUGAUAACCUCCAUCCAAAAUGCUAAAUUCAACUAUUUUGUA